UCAAUAAACAAACCAGUUAUUCUGCGCUCUACUUAUUACAAAUUUCGGCUUAUAUUAAAUUAAAAUGUUGUUAAAAAGAAAUUUGUUAGAAUGUGUAACCCUCUUCUCGUGUGGUGUAUGUGUUCUCUGCAUAUUUCUCAACUGUGCGACGAACAUAUCCCCGUUAACCGGGAUAUGGUUUCCUUUAUACGUUAUUGUAGUCUUUAUCCUCUCAGUAUCGUUUAGUUUUAAGUUCAUCCAGUGGUUAUUGCAUAUGAAUAAGCCCAUUAAAUAUGACUUGGAAGGUUUAUUUGCGGAUUAUUCUCAGUUUAUAUUUUUAAAACGGUUUUUACCGCAAGUCAAGAAGAGGGUCAGAUCUGCGGACUUCCAAGAAGGGAAAGAGUAUGAUACGAACGAGCUGAGUGUUAUAUCGACGGUGCUGCAGGAGAAGUUAGUGUCGUCGUGGUACAAGCCGUAUAUUUCACAAGAAAUUGGAUUUCCUUUUGCGUGCAAGCAGUUGCUGGAUCAAAUGAUUGAAAAAACUUUCAAGAUCUGCAACAAAAUUGAAACCAAAGAAGUAUUCAUAGACACCUGUUCCAUAUUAACUAGCCACUUAAGAGAAUACAGGAAAACUCUGAAAAGACACGAAAAAUCGCCGACAAAUUCUAUAGAGUCUCUUUAUAAGAAAUCUCAUCCAAUAUUUGAGAAGAAACUAGAAUCGGGCGAACACUGUACUAAUGUUCUGCGGAUUAUUUUUAAAGAACUUGUUCCUUGGGAGCUUUGGGACACUCCACAUUCAGAGUUACUAGUCCGAAUAUUGUCUAAGAAACUUGAUACGUUUAUUGAGAGUACUUUAGCCGAUCCCGUUUGGAUUAAUGAUAAAUUAUUGAAUAUCAUAGAUAAAGCAGAGAUUGUGGAAGUUGUUGAAAAAGUAGAAGAGUCAGAGGUAGAGGAGAAAGAAAGUGAGACAAUGAUUGAAUCAGUUUUGUCCUCAAUUGCGACUAAUAGUGCUGCACCUAUUUUACAAAGAGAUAUUACAGAAGACCUAAGCACGCCAUUAGUACCGGACACUGAACCGGUUAUAGAGGGUGCUGAGGUGGUGCCCUCUACAGACGCGCCAGUGCUGCGUCAGCGGCGCGGACGCCAGAGAGAAGUCAAGAUCUAUGACCGGAUUGUUGAAGGCAGCGUAAAGACCUGGGACACAGACAUGGACCUGCAAUGCAUCAGCAUGGGCCAAGACCUGCUAGCCAGCCUGGACGGCGGCGUGGUCGGCCGACUAUGGCCGGACCCGGAAUUAGACCAUAGUCCGCCCGACAACAGCGCUAAGGACUUGCCCCUGUGGUUCGGCGAAGAAGACACACUGGACCUAGAUCGCGACAGCCCGCCGAAAGACAGCCCAGUGAAGAAAGAGCACAGCCCCAAGCCGGUGGAACUGCUGAAGGAGCUCCAGCACUCCGCCAAGGCCAAGAUCGGAGGCCUCCAGGUCCCCACUCGUGUAGAUGUCCGGCCCAAUGACGAGGCCGCGGGCAUGAUGGAGGGCUUGCUUGACUUCGGGAUCGCGGGGUUCAAGAAAGGGCUGCGGUUCACUGGCCUCGGUGACGAUUCACAGGAGAAGUCACCGUCACAUUUGAAAGACAAGAGCGAGCGGAAUUCACCAACAGAGGGCAGGAAAAUGGCAGCAACGAGACCAGAACCUAUCAUGCCGUCAGUCAUACAAAGAGAAGACAACGGGUUGAGCGCGGCCCACUCGCUCGUGAAGCAGCACCGUGUCGUCUCGCAAGACAGCGUGCCGUCAGCACCGAAGCCGAUCCCGCACGCUUUGCUGACGGAUUCCCCCGAGCCGGAAUACGAGGAGGCGGCCGAUCUGUCAGCCAGCAUCGCCAAGCUGCGCUCCCUGCUGCAGCGGCAAGGCAGCCCCGAGAAGAACGGACAGAGCGGUGAUGAUGUUGUGUGGGAGGGCGCGGAAGAGACGCGCGGGCGCGCGCAGCGACACCACUCCUCGAGGCCUGUUGACACCGCCACGCUCGCCGAUGAAUACGACAUGCAAACUGAUAGAAGCUCGUCACCCACGCCCUCCAACAGGCUAGAUAAACUGUUCCAACGAACGGUGACCGGCGUGUUUAACUCAAUAAAGACUGCGGUCGGGGCCGAAGGCGAUGAGGCGCUACCUCCGCAGCCCCUCCAGGAGUGGACACAUGUCUACACCUCUGUCGAACUCAGCGUGGGAGGGGCGGUGGCGCGUCUAAUAGGAUCUCGGCGUGCGUACUCCCACGUGGACGCGGCGCUAGACUCGCUCGAGCAACUCGCUCCGCCGCCAAAAGACCAACACAUAGUGCCUGAGGACUUCGAGGAGUGGGGCUGCGUGUACGGCGGCGGCGUGGCGCUGGCGCAGCUGGCGAGCGCGGGCGGGCUCGCGCGCACGCACGUCGCGCACCGCCUCGCCACGCUGCUGCUCGCGGACGUAGCAGAAUCCCUUAUCGAGGCGUGGCUAGAGGAGCUGGCGUCGUGGCUGAGAAAACAAGUGUUCGUGGUGUUUGACAAAAUGGCGGACGAGGUCAAUGACCCGCCGCGGACACACCUCAGGCCCUACAACUUGGAUCACACGUGUCAGGUCGUCAUGUCGAAAAUACCAGUUCUCGGCACAAUAUUUGGUGAAGAAGCGCUCUCAGAUUCCGUGAAGCUCUCCAUAUCGAGUUUUGGACACAAAGAGAUAAACAAAGAUGUUAUUUUCCGUGUUUUGGACCUCGUUGCGGUGCAUUUCAAGAAGUCUGCCGGACUCAGGAACCCUUCUUUUGAUGCAAACUGAACAUUUGAUAGACUGCCAACUGAACAUUACACAUUUUUUAUACUACGUCGGUGACAAACAAGCAUACGGUCCGCCUGAUGGAAAACGGUCACCGUAACCUAUGGAAGCUAGGCCCCGUAGCCGAAUGGAAUUUCUACGACGCGA